AUGUAUUUCCAUUGGUCAGAAUGUGAAGAGUCAACGUAUGGGCUAAACUGUACCAGCCAAUGUCAGUGUAGUGGAGAAGAGGUGUGUGACCGUGUCAAGGGGUGUGUCUGCAACAGCGGCUGGGAGGGAACAGGCUGUAACAUUGACAUUGACGAAUGUGCCAGGAAGACGUACAGCUGUAAGAGUGGCGAGGAGUGUCGUAACACACCAGGCAGCUACACGUGCAGGUGUCCUGAUGGGUACAGGAGUGUGAAUGACACCUGUCAAGAGUGUCCUCCCUUUUUCUUUGGAGAGUUCUGUUCCCAGCCAUGUGGCUGCAGCCAGUCUAAUGCCAUAUCCUGUAACCAUAGUAACGGCUCCUGCCAGUGCAAGCGCCCCUGGGGUGGGGCGGAGUGCAAAACUGACGUGGAUGAGUGUCUGGACAGCAGCAUGUUCAACUGUUCGGCUGACACGGAGUGCCAGAACACAUAUGGCAGUUACGAGUGUGUGUGUAGACACGGCUACACAAAGAACCAGACCUCGGGCCUGUGUGAAGCCUGUACUUGCAACAUGACCAACACAGUAACCUGUGACCGGGGAAGUGGUCAGUGCACCUGCAGCAGCAACUGGACAGGCCAGACCUGUAACGAAGACGUGGACGAAUGUUUGACCUCCCCCUGCCCUGCUAACAUCAAGUGUGUCAACACCCUCGGAGGCUUCAUGUGUCAGUGUGAGGGCGGGAUGUACCAAAAUUCUCAAGGAAACUGUGCUGCACUGAGAUCAAUCCCAGUAAAAAUUAAAUAUGACUUUGAUGUGUCAGGGAUGAACCUGUCCAAUGUCAGUGGCCCUGACUUUGUCAGGCUAAAGUCAUUACUAGAGCUUAAGUUAAAAGAAGUUUUCAGUAAAAAGAUUAAAGGACAUCUGAAAAUUGAAAUUUUGGGACUCAGAGCUGGUAGUCUUGAUGUGGAGUUCGUGAUCAUUGUAGCGUCUUCUAACACAGUGUCUGAUGAUGUUAGCCUAACAUUGUACCAACUGGCAACUGAAUCAUACCAGCUGGAUGGCCAGAAUGUCACUGUUUUAUCUGUACAGGUCAACACAACACAAUUUUCCUUCAACACAACUCUGUGUGAGAAAAGGUUACUCAUUGAUCCUUGCCCAUCAACAAGUCAAUGCUUUGAAGAAAAUAAAUCAACACGUUGCAUCUCAAAAUCAGAGGCUGUUGUGUAUGGAUUUGACAUGAAGUUGAGCACUGACAAUCUCAAUCAAAACCUAGACCUGACUGAUGAAAAUAGUGAGCAGUACAUCAGUCUGAGGCUGAACUUGACCCAGCAGCUGACAUUAAGGCUGAAUGAAUCUUUGCCUGGUCUAACUACAUCAAUAACAAAACUGAGGUCAGGCAGUAUUUUUGUUACCAUCCUGGUUCUGAUACCAAGUGGUGUUGACAACCCUGCAGGAAAACUGAUCAAAGCUUUAAAAAAUUUGCUAGGCUCAAACUUGACCAUUAGCGACAUGCCCAGUACAGUUUUGGACUUUUAUGUGCGGGCAGUUGCUGCUCAAACAUCUAACCUUUGUGACCUUUACAUUCAGUUGGUACAGACCUGUUCUGAUGGCUGUAUUGUACAGGAAAACACACCUGUCUGCAGUGAGUCCACCAAAAGCAGCAGGUACCCCCUGAUAGUUGGGCUAGCUGUUGGGAUCCCCCUCUUCUGUCUGCUGCUGAUUACUGUGGGUGUGAUCGUCUUUGUGUGGGUUCUAAGUGUCAAAAGGAGGAAAGGACAGCUUAAAGUGAUGAAAAAAGAACCUGAUUGGUAUGGAGCUGUUUUAAAAAGCGCAAGACAAACUUAUCAGAAUGAGGCUUACGUCAGUGAGCAGGCCACAAGUUCUGAGUCUAGUUCAAGCCAAGAAGAUACCAAGGGCAAUGGCGCUUACACGAACAUCGACUUCUCGUGGGAAAAUGUUUAUCAGAAAUCAGAGUCUACUCAAAAGGACUAUGAGAUCCCCCGACCUAGGGUGGUGAGUUGAUCUUUAGAUCACUUGUGUUUAGCUUGACUGUUGCUGUUUCAGACCGUGGCUGUGGGUGCAGAUGGUGGC